AUGUCUCAGCCGCUGCCCGCGCGGCAGCUGGUGCUGUCCCUGCUGCUGGCGGCCUCCGUGGUCGGCCAGGAGGCGCCGGUGGACCUGUGGAGCUACAGCAGCCCGGCCAGCUGGGGGCGCACGUUCCCGUUCUGCUCUGCCCCGCUGCACCUGCAGUCGCCGAUCGCGCUCACCGUGGACCGCGUGGUGCUGACGCCACCGCUGAAGGUGAUUGCCGACCCCGGCGCGCACGACUGGGUGGUCGAGGUCGGUAACGAUGGUCGCCGGCUCGAGCUGAACGUUACCAUGGACCCACGCGCGCGUGGGGCUUCACCUACUUACCCCAUUCAACUGGUGAUCGAUAACGCGCCGCUCCGGGGGACCUACAACCUCACGAUGCUGCACUUCCACUGGGGUGAUCAGUUCGGGUCGCCCGGCUCCGAACACGCGGCCGGCGACAAGUUCUUCGACGCUGAGGCGCACUUCGUCUUCUUCGACGCGUCGUUCCCGAACCUGGAGGCGGCGCAAGAGGUGCCCGGCAAGGUGGCAGUCGUUGCUGUCCUCCUGAAUCGCGAGGGCAACUUCAGCGGGCCGACGUUCCCGACGUUCGGCUUGCAGAACAACAUGGAUCAGCUGGCGACCCGUGACAGUCACUUCUCGUUCCGCGCCGACCUGCGACAGCUGCAGGCGCUGCUGCGCGUCGUGCUCUCCCGCAUGUUCACCUACUUCGGCAGCCUGACGACGCCCCCGUGCACUCCGGGCGUGGUGUGGAUGGUCUCCAGCGUGGAGACCGACAUCAGCGGGAACUUCCUAGACUGUCUGACCACUCAGGUGUACCAGGACCGCUUCAGGCUGCAGCGCCUCGUCAACAACCGACGUCCGCUGCAGCAGAGGUCCAACCGAGUCGUCUUCAAGCAGAUCAGCCUCGGCUCGGAUGGUCUGCUAGCUUAG